AUGGCGAAGUUCAAUGAGGUGCAGAAGAGGAGGAGAGCACAGAAAGCAGAGAAGAAGAGAUCGGUUCACGGCGAACCAACCACCGGGAAGCUCCACAACAAGCCUCAACCGCUCUCCAUCUCCGGCAAGCGCAAGCGCAAGCUCUUGAAAAAAUGGCGCCGAGAUCAGAACGAGGCUGUGAAGAAGGGACUUAUAACUAUGCAAGAUGUCGAAAUGGCUGCUGCCGAUGCUGAUGGAGUAGAAGAAUCUAAAGACACCAAGACUUCUUCUUCAAAGUUUCCCAUGAAGAAGAAGAGUCUCAAGAUCAAACAACUAAAAGGCAAAGGUAAGAAGAAAGGAAAAUCUUCUAAGGCGGCUGCUGCUGCCACCCCCGAAGCUUCAGCGGAUGCAAUGUUAGAGUAAUUACUUGGUGUCUAGCUUAUGAGAGAACUUGUCAACGCUCUACUCAACCCCAUCCCAUUGUGAUGCUUAUUUUCUAAUUGGAAAUCGAAUGAAUUUUAGAUCGAAA